AUGAAUAAAGCUUUAUGUUUAUGUAUUUUAUUUAUUUGUUCAACUUUUGUUCAAUCAUUAGAUGUUAAUAGUUUUAAAAAUAUUAACAGAAAGAAGGAUGUAUUCCGUGAAUAUAAACAAUUUUCCUUUGGUGGUGAAGCAGGCUUGGUACCAUACCAGUUCUUUUUAGUAGGUGCAUCUGUUGGUGGUACAUUAAGUGGAACCAAUACAACUGGUAAAAUUGAUACUUCUUUGUUUAGAUAUCAAACUAUGCCAUACGUUUUCCCAAGUUUAACCUUUUCCUAUGCUGAAGGUAAUAUCAAUUUAGAUAUUAAAAAGCUACAAUUAAACUUUGGUAUUUCAGCUAUUGCCACAGGUUUUAUGCCAACUUUUAUCAUUGAAUACACUGAAGAAAAUGGUAUUGAUGGAUUCCAACUUGACGGUGACUCUGUUGUUGGUAUGGUUGAUCUCAGUAAAUAUACCUACAAAACCACCUCACAAUCAGCAGAUAUGACCGGAUCAGAUGGAAAAACAUUUAAAGUUUAUAAAGUUACAUCAACCAGUAAAAAUGGUUUAUUCCAAAUGAACUUUACAAUUCCAGAGCGUUCAGUUGGUAUUGAUGGAAACGCAAUUAGUGCUUCACAAACUAAAGUUGAUGUCGGUAUUUACAAUUACUAUGAUGAAAAAAUUAACAAAAAUGAAUUGGAUUUCUGUGAUAUCAAAAUCCCAGAUUGGGCAACAUCUAUGCCAUCAAUUCCAGAUUUAACACUCCCACCAAUAACACUCCCACCAAUUACUCUCCCACCAAUUACUCUCCCACCAGUAACUAUCCCACCAAUACUUACUGACUUACCAUUCCCAUUUAUUGAAUCGGAUACAGUUGAACCUGAACCAAUUGAAACUAAAACAGUUGAACCAAGUAACAUUAAUAUCCCAGUGCUUUGUGAUGGAACAACAGGACCAUCUAAAAAACAAUCAAAACUUGCACUCCUUUCAUUUGUUGCAGCCGUUAAAUUAAAGGUUAAUGAUAAAGGUGAAGCAUCAGUUACUUUUGAUGUUGGUAAAAAUUUUUCAGUUACUUACGAUUGGAUUGGAAAGGCUAAAGUUAACACUGGAAAUGGUGCUAAAAAUUCCAAAGUUUUCUCAAAUGUUACUGAUAGUUCAAAAGGUAGUAAAUUUGGUUUAGGUGGUAUUUCAAAGUUCCUCAGUGAUAUGCAAUCAUUAUUUAUUACUUACUCAUUUGAUGGUGUUAGACCAAGCUCAAUUGAAUGGGAUCCAACUUUAGGUGCAUCAAAUUAUGAACCAGGUUAUACUGAUGAUGGUCCAAUGCCAGAAGAAAAUCCAAAUAGUGCUUUCAAAACUACUUCAUCAUUGUUUUUAAUAGUUUUAAUUGUUUUAUCAAGUUUAUUAAUUUUAAAUUAA